AUUCAAAUCGUUCUCCUUCCAAAAGGAACGACGCGCCGAGUGUACCCAGUGAGAAAUGAACAGUAGCUUUACGGAGGUGGCUAGCCUGCGGGGGUUUACUGGCUGAAAUUUUAAAAAAAAUGUUUUUUUGUUAGGCGUUAGCUGCAGCUAAGUUAGCUCGAAGCUAAUGGAUUUGGAUGCGCGACAGUGUGGGGCGCUUUUCAAGCCGGAAGUGCGUUGUACACACAAGCGUCCUUCCUAAAUCGUGCUGCGUUGAGGGCAAGUCAAGCAGGUAGCCGCACUGAGUAUCCCUGCAGCGAGGACGUCGCAUGUUCGUUUUUGGGAGAAAGAUUGGAAUUUAAAAUCCAUGUCAUCUUAUUUCUUUUGCAAUCAAUCCCAAGUGUAGGAGCAGUGAUAUCAUGUGGGAGUCACAUGAAUGAAAAGGAUGAGGCCUGAUCAACAAGGGAGCAUCUUGAGGAGAGAGCCCACUGCACACUGUGUGUCCCUGGGUGGGGGUUUGCUGUAAAGGUCCUGCAUAAGCAGCCCCCUGUAGACCCUUGCUCUGAUUGUAUGCAAUGAAUAGUACCACUCCGUCCCCCACCAUUAAUGGGGACGUGGCGGUCGGCUAUGUGUUGGUGCCGUUCUUCCUCAUCACCAUCAUUGGAAUAGCUGUAGCGGUGAUCUUGUACAUUCGUAAAAAACAGAGACUUGACAGACUUCGGCAUCAGUUGUUACCAAUCUACUCAUAUGACCCCUCAGAGGAGGUGAAUGAAGCUGAACAAGAGAUGCUGUGGCGAGAAGAGGACACCAGAGUUGUUCAAGGUUGGGCAAGAAGUUACCAACAGCGACGCCCACUUCUCACCGAAGAUGCUUGAAAAAUACAAACCAUGGUAAUGCCAGACAAUAUCUACACUAACCAGAAGGAUUGUUUUUUGUUUGUCUCCCCCUUUCAUCUUGAAGUACAACAAGUGAGGCAUUGGUAGUAUGAUCAACCUUCAUCAUAUUUAAUGUAAACUAUUUAGUCACAAGCUUUCACUGGAUUUCAGUGUCCCAAGUUAAAACGGGUACAUCUUGCUGGAGCAUAUAAAUUUCGAUUGUUCAAGUCAGUCCCGUGCCUACUGCUCACACUUCUAUCUGGCCCGUCGAGCAUUACUGAACAUUGUGGACCUGCCAUUGUGCUGGAAUUCAUUCUGGACUGCAGUUGUUGCAGCACCUUAGGAAAAACACCUUCACAGAUAACAACAGAGAAUUGAAGUCAUCAUCUUUCUGAAUAAGUAAGCUGUUCAUGAAAAAACUAUUUUGCGUGUGAUUCACUUUCUAUUUCAUUCAAGGAAUGUAUGGGAUAUUUUUUUUCAUUUCCAAAAAAAAAAAAAAAAAAAAAACAGUCCUGUCCUGUGAUCUGGAUCUUUGUGUGUUUUUUUCCCAAAUCCUGUGAGUCGCAUGGAAGGCAUGAAAACCUCAAUAUGAACAUAAACAAGAUGUUCUUGUAAAUGACUCCUGCUCCAAAUAUGUCCUGUGCAGAAGACAUGAUACCGGCACAGGUUCACCUCCAGCCAGAGAUGAAUGCCAUCGUUCUGACUGUAUUCAAUGAUAGACCCACCUACUCCGCCCACCCCCUCAAUUGUUUGAAGCCCCUCUGGACUCUUGUUAGUGCAGAUGCAUCACACAGAAUUUCUUAGUUGAAUUAAUUUGCGCAAGUUAUGCAAUGUGAUCGAGAGGAAAUGUGUGUGUUAUCCAGUUUAUUUGGUUGAAAUGUGAUGUUCCUGUCGGAUUCAUUGAGGCUUGUUCUCCUCAAAAUAUUUAAACUGCUGUACAGUCAUACUAGAGUUGUACUUGUUCCUGAGCCACUGAAUUCCACUUAAACUUGAAUGGGUAACUGUUCAUGUAAAUUUAUCUGCACUGUUAUGAAGCCUCACCUCUUAGAUAUUUUUUCUGCUCUGGGUUGUUGAUUUUAAGUUUGCUGAAGAAAACAUUUCUGUCAAUGUAGGCUUUUUUUAAAUAUUAUGUCUGAUGACUGCAUUGUCCCUGCAACACGAUCAGUCAUUACUAGUUAUUACACUGGGAGUACUGACAUAAAAUAUACUUUGACGAAAAACAUUUUGUAUUGUUAUUUAUAAAUAUAUAUAUUGCACUGAGAAACGUAAUCCUCCAAAACCUAGAAAGGUACUGUUUUUUUACCUCUACCCAAAUUGCCCUAGCCAGCUUGUGGGAAGUAUUCAAAAUUGG